AUGACACCGUCCGACCCGAAUCAACGAGGCUGUCAGCUGUCGUUGAAAUUCAACGUUGAUAUUACGAAAAUUUGGACUGAAUUAACGAAAAGAGGCGUUGUGGUUCGUUUCUCUUUACGUCUUUCAUUUUUUUCGGUCGAUAAACGCUAUCCAGAUGUAAUCCGGGUGGCGGCUGUGCAUCUGUACAACAGUUUUAGUGACGUUCAUCGAUUUGUUGAUGCUCUACUGAGUUCAAUCAACUCUGUCGAAGGGUUCCUGUCCGAUUGA